AAUAAAAUGGCUGCGACCAUGAAAUACAAUUUUUGCAAUUAUUUUUCUCACAUUUUGCAAGCGUAUUUUCAUCUAAAACAAAAUGAAUUAGUGGAUGUAAUGUUUACAAACCAAGCAUCAUAUUCCCCGCAGUAAUGUCCUUCAAGAGAGAAGGAGACGAUUACGGAGGUCUCGUUAUUUUGAAGAAACGGCGGGUGGCGGAACUCUUUGCCAAUGACAUUCCAGUUGGGGAGGCGUUACUCUGCAGCAAUGGCAGAUUUUCCUGUAGUGUGUGUAAACACAAGCCAGUUUUUGAUACAAUCAACAUGCUGGCAGUUCACCGGAAGGGAAAGAAACAUCUUGCAAAUGCAGCAAUGGCAACAGCAGAAAAGGAAGAACUUGCUGAGCUUGUCCUGAAACGCCAACAACAAAUGUACUUAGGUGGGAGCGGCAUAGAUCUCAACAUGGUUAAUUCAACGACAAGUUUUGAUGGCAUUCUGACGUCACCUGUGUAUGACCCUCGCAUGAGACGGCCCAAAGUCAAACCUCACGAUAGGAAGCCUCGCGUUGAUCUUGGCAGCAUACAACAAUGUAGUCAGACACAGGGUGAAAAUUCUGUGUCUUUAAGCUCUAAUCCUAACCCUCGGUUUAAAAACUUUAAGAAAGACUUCUUGAGGCAGCAACAGCAAGAUGAAAAGGGAGUGUCAGUCUCCACGCUACCAAGAUCAGGCAACCAUGAAAUACCAGUGCCCGGAGCUUGGAGUCAAACAGCCUGUAGUGCUGAUGAGGAAUCAUCAGCCAAACAAGUUCCUGAGGCUUCAAGUGUUGAAUCAAAACAAACUUUACCCGCAGAACGAACCUAUGUUCAUCAGAAAUACUACAAGAAGAAGCAUUAUAUUUGUGAUCGUGUCGGCAAAACGAAUGUUUCUAAUGAAGAAAGGGAGAAACAGGAGAAAUAUCUCCAAUUGAGAGGGGCUGGGUGGAAGAAAGACUGGUGUGGAAAGUGGGUGAAGGAAGAGGGCGUGGAAUUCGACUCGGACGAGGAACCCCCAGACGUAGCCUAGCUCACAGGUUCCACAUGUUUCCUUGAUGUUCCUGUUACUAUGGAGGAUACAAAGUCACAGUUUGAAUAUCCAAUCAAAAACUUUUGUGGAUACCUUGUUAGUUGAUGGGGAACCAACCCUAUCUCUAUUAUUUAAGGUGUGUCAAAUGAUUAUCAGUAGAUUUAUUUUGAAUUUUAAAAUGACUCUUUUUGAUGAUACAAGAAACUAUGGUUGGUUUUUUCCAAGAUUGGGUCAUGAUGUUUGCCGCUGAAUAUAUUGGAACCAAAUUUGAUCGGAUAUGAUAUAUUUUACUCAAAGUUGCGUGUUAGUGAAAUCAUCACAACUUCCAAAAGUUUUAGGCCGUUUGGAUCUUCCAAGGCAUCAGAUUAAGGUUUUGAUAGUAUUAAAACAACAGUUAUAUCUUAGAAAGCAAGGUAGAGGUGACUUGUCUAUAAAGAUUCUGUUGACAUAUCAUAAAUUCAUGUGCAUGUUGUCUCCUUUUAUCUGUGGAGUGUCCAAAGUUCGACUACAUGUAUAUACAACCAAGAAAACCUUCUCUAUUAUGAAUGAAUAAAAGGCUAUGUUAC